AUGGGGAACAGCAUGAGUUCGCCUUCUUCAAAGGUGCAUAGCGCCUGUUUUAAUGCACAACAAGAUUGUUUUUCUGUCGCUACCGAUUCUGGUAUACGAUUGUUUAAUUCACACCCGGCCGUUCUUCUUCGUAGCUUCAGCCGAGAACAGAUUGGUGGCGUCAAAGUGAGCAGUAUUCUGCACAGAUCAAACAUUAUUGUCUUUGUUGGGGGAGGAAGUUAUGCGAAAUUCCCAUCGAAUACGGUUAUGGUUUGGGAUGAUAAACGACAGGAGCUUGUUCUCGAGGUCACCGUUGCGGGCGGUCCCAUUCUCAAUGUUCUACUUUCCUACUCCAAACUAAUAGUUCUGCAGGAGAAAAGAAUCCAUGUCUUCCAAUUUCCUAGUCCAUGUAAGCUGAUCAGAACGGAAGAGAUUCGUUGUAACCCUGCCGGUCUCGCCGCAAUUGGCUGCGAUUUCAACGGCACUUCACAAAUGUUGGCCUAUCCGGGUUUCAAAGUAGGAAGUGUUCAGCUUGUAAAUUUGAAUAAUAUGAGUGAAUGCGCCUCACUUUCACCUCGAGGUAUUGAUGCUCAUUUAACGGAAGUUACUCAAUUAGCUCUAAACAAUCAAGCAACACUUCUAGCUACUGGAUCAACUAAAGGAACUGUUAUAAGGAUUUUCGACACAAACUCUCCUACAACUCGAUGCCUCAUGGAAUUCCGUCGAGGAGCUGAUCCAUGUACACUCCACUGCCUGCAGUUCUCCCCUUGCUCAAGCUUUCUUGCUGUUUCUAGUGAUAAGGGCACUAUUCAUAUAUUCACUCUAAGAGACACAGAAGAUGCAAGAAAAGGUCUUCUGCAUAAGGUUGGAUUGACAAAAGGGGAACGACGUAGUUCGGUACAGAUUUCUCUUGAGCCGCGAGUGUUAGCCUGUGGUUUUAUUAAAGCUACAUCCUCUUCUAUGCAGUCUAUAGUGGCUAUCUGCCAAGACGGCUCUUAUCACAGGUUCUCUUUUGGCGCAGAUGGUUCGACUAAACGGGAAGGAUUCGACUAUGUAAUGCAGCUUGGCGACGAACAAGAAUUCUGGACCAAACCUUUUUGA